CAUGAAGACCGACGGCCGACCGACAGACCGACCUCAACUUUACAGACACACGUGAGGUUGGAACACCGAAUUUCGGCCCGAAUUUUCGACUCUGCAGUUUGUAACAUCUUCCGUAUAGUUCAAGUCCACGACUAUUGUAAUCUCUACAUGGUUGAUUGAACUGUAAAGUGUACUUUGAGUCCUUUUUGGACUCCAGUGUGCCUGAAAAAUGGCAGCAACCGAUGAGCUGUCUCUACUUGAAAGGGUGUUGCUGAGAAUUGGUUCGGCUGAAACUGACGACCAGCUUCAAAAUGUUGUUUCAAAAUUUUUACCUCCCGUCCUGCUUAAACUAUCCAGUCAGCAGGAGGGAGUUCGCAAAAAGGUGAUGGAGCUUCUCGUACAUGUAAACAAAAGGAUAAAAAGCAGACCUUUGGUGCAACUGCCAGUCGAGGCGUUGCUUCUUCAGUACCAAGAUCCAGCAGCCAGCACCUUUGUCACUAAUUUCACAAUUAUUUACAUCAAACUGGGAUAUCCUCGAAUGCCGUUAGCAAAACAGGCAGAGCUUGCUCCGUGUUUGCUGAAUGCAUUGGACGGAAAACCUCAGUGUCACCAGGAUAGUCUUUUGCUGCUCUUGAUGCCUGUGAUAGGAGAGGUCAAGUUUGAGGGAUCAAACUAUUUUCGACUGAGUGAAAAACCAAAUUUGGCUAAAUUGCUGUUGGAUUUCAUUCUUGAUAUGUUGCUGCUUCCCUAUGGUGCGCGGCCUACUAAAUCGCCAUCGGGCAGUCGUCCACAGCAGCAAGUUGCUCAGUCGCCAGCGUCGAGUGGGCAGCCACCACCAGCAAAUCAAGGCCCUGUUUGCACAGUGCCAGCUGGCAUGUCCGAGUAUGGUUUCCGCCGAGUCUGUGGUGAAGGAGAGCUUAAGGCUGAGCAGCUGGAGCAAAUUAAGCUCGGAAUAAUAAAAUUCCUGUCUGGCUCUGACAUUCCUGAUUCUGAAAAAUUGUGUCAUCUGAUCGUUGCUGCUGCCGACACUAGAUUUGCAGUGGCUGAAGCUGCCGAUUCCGAGCUCAAGAAAAUAGCUCGGGCUCUUGAUUGGAAUAGUCCCACUCUCACCCAGCCCCUAUUUCUUGUCUUCCUUGGCAACAUGGCAGCAAAACAGAUAAAGCAAGAAUUGAAGAGGUGUCCUGCAAAUACCAGGAUUCGACUGAAACUGCUGCCAUUGCUGUGCCGAUCAAGGGGACCAGCGCUUCAAUUUCCGGCUUGCAUCCAAGUUGUCUUCGAUUGCCUUUACGGCCAAAACACCAAUCCCCGGCUUAAGUGUAUGGCGCUGCAAUUUACAACAAUAAUUAUCCAUUGGGCUGCCACUCCAAGACUCAACCCUGUAGCUGGUGUUUUGUUAUCUGGUAUGCUGAAACUGAUUGCAGAAGAGCAAGACAGCAAACUGAAGAUUCAGGCUUAUUGCACAGUUGGACGAUUAGGACAGAAAAUGCCUUCUUUAGUUAAUAAGGACCUGGCUCUGGUUCAGACUUUUUUUGAGGCUCUUGCUCACGAGGACGUGGAAGUCAAAGAGGCUGUAAGGGAGGCUUUGCUUAGUUUCGCAACGGCAUUUGAAAAUUUGGAACCAGCUAAGCAGACCAUGUUGGCUGCAAUGCUGGCAAAGUCUGUUGAGUCGCCUGAAGCUAUGGUCCGGUUUGUCACUGUACGGUACAUAGUGACAGCUUUUCCGUCAACUGACGCAGCUUCCCGUCUACUGCUCCUCUUAGCAACCACAGACUUGAAAGACGAAGUAGCAAAUGAGGCUCAAAAGGCGUUGUAUGGUUUUGAUAAAGGCGAGUCAGACGAGGGUAGACCAGACAUGCCUCUGUUUGCAGACAUGGUUGCUCAGAUUAAACUCAAAAUUGAAGGCAAAGCUGACGACAUCUCAUCUUCUGCGAUAGGUGCAGCUGCACUGCCAUUCACCCCUGACGUGUUUACCCAGAUUCUCACUUUCACAAGGCUGUGUUUGGCUUCUGAGGCAAAAGCUUCGAUAGCAGCCCACACUGCCCGGCCUCAACCAUUGGCUGCUACUCCAAUCCUGGGCAAUUACAUUCGUCAACUUUUGUCAUCAGAAAAUACUGCUUCACCCCUGAGAGACUACUUCAAAUUUCUGCAACAUUUGCUUUCAGUUUCACCUGUUGUCAACCCAUUGUGUUUCAUGGUAGAGCUCUUAGGCUGUGCACCAGUGCAGCUUGCUCCUGCUCUCAAAGACAACUUUAAAAUGGUGAAUGGACUAUCUGUUUCUACUAAGCGAGGCCUAAGAGAGAUGGGAUCACAACUUUUUGGAAUGCUGUUGGCGUACACUGAGGAGGAAUCAAAAUUCGACAAGACCUUGGCUGACCUAACUAAAUCACUUGCAGACAAGAACUUUGAAACAAAACACGGAGCCUUGCUGACGCUGAGUUAUGGAUUAGAAAGAAGGCUUUUCCUCUGCCAACAGAAGAAACAGUUAACCCUGUGGCCAAGUUUUAGAAAAGCCAUUAUUUCAAUAGUUGGAUUGAUUGACGAUAAUCAGCAAAUGAUCGUGGCCUCUGCUUGCUAUGCAAUUGGCGAAAUCUGUCGUCGCACCAGCUUGCCUCUUUUGGCAGAUGGUAGUAAUGAAGAUCCGAGCAAACUUGACGUAGCUAACAAACUGUUAGGCAUCAUAAGAAAUGUAAAGUUGCCCAUCAAAGUGAAAGAAGAGGCUGCCCAAGCUGUUGGUCUUCUUUGCGUUGGAGAAGACUUUCCACACAGACGAGUAAUUAUUCAAAAUUUACUCGAUACAGCAAAAGAGAGCCGGGAAGUUGAUGCCCAUCUGAUGGUGAGUGACACCCUUGUCACAUGUGCACUUGGUCCUGGUGGACCCAACUCAAGGGAUUUGUGGACUGUCUCUGAGGAAGAUUUCAGUGUGUCUCCCGAGACGGAUCUUACUCAUGUGGAAUGGCUCUUGGAACAAUUAUUGGACAAAAUGGUACCAGAUUUACACCCAGCGUCAAGACAGGCUUCAUGCAUUUGGUUGUUGGCCAUUGUUAAAAAUUGCCAUAGUUUGAAACCAGUAGCAUGCAGGAGAGCCAUAAUCCAAGGAGCAUUUAUGGACUUACUUUCAGACAACAACGAUUUGGUUCAGGAUCUUGCGUCAAAAGGUCUCGGGUUUGUUUACGAGGCAAGCAGCGACGAAGAGCAAAAAGAGCUUGUGCAGAACUUACUUGAUCAGCUCUCCUCUGGGAAAAAAGCUGUGCAGAAGGUCACUGGUGAUACCAAACUAUUUGCCGAAGGACAGUUAGGACAAACCCCAACAGGUGGCAAUUUGUCAACUUACAAGGAGCUGUGUUCGUUGGCAUCAGAGCUUAACCAGCCAGAUUUGAUUUAUAAAUUCAUGCAUCUGGCCAACCAUAAUAAUGCUUGGAAUUCAAAGCUUGGAGCUGCCUUUGGAUUUUCAAGUAUCAUGGCAAAAGCUGGGGAGCAGUUAGAGCCGUACUUGCCAAAGCUGGUUCCGAGACUCUAUCGUUACCGCUUUGAUCCAAAUCCACGAAUCCAGGCAUCAAUGGCGUCUAUCUGGCAAGCUUUGGUGAAAGAGCAAAAGGAAACUGUCGACCGCUUUGAGUGUGAGAUCAUGGAAGACUUGCUGACUCACUUAACAUUUGGACAGUGGAGAGUGCGCCUAUCAUGCUGCAAUGCCGUUUCCGACCUUUUGCGCAGCAGAAAUUUGCUUCCUUUUGAAAAGCAAGUGUCUCGUUUGUGGGAUACUUUGAUACUGGUAAUGGAUGAUGUGCAUGAAGGCACUCGGCAAGCAGCAAGUCACGCUGCUCUUACUUUGUCUAAGUCUAUCGUUAAGAUUUGUGAUCAGGGGCCAGCUAAAAAUUUGAUAAUAGAAGCGCUAGGCUCGAUUCUAAAAGGCCUGCACAGUAACAUCUCGGAAGUUAGAGCCGUGAGUUUGUCAACAGUAAGCGAUUUGGUCAAAACUGCCGGUGAACUGCUUGUUCAACAUUUGCGAGUUAUCUUGGUGGCUCUUUUGCAAGCUGUUGGAGAAGCAGACCCAGCUUCUCUGAACACCCUCAGCCUACAACUUUCUGGUGGUAAUACCAGUGCUCAGCGGGCUCAAGAAAUUCUGGAUCAUGCUAGGGCACAUGCCGUGAGAGGUCAUCCAGCAAUGCAGACGAUCACCCGGCUUUUGCACUAUGUGGAUGUUACUAUUUUUGCUGGUUGUGUGCCCGACUUAGUAGACCUUUGUGGAACUCAAGUGCCUCUGGGCACACGGGUUGGCGUUGCACAUUUUGUGGACUUGGUUUUACGCCAACUUGGUGCAGAAUUAGGUCCUCAUGUGGGCAAGCUAAUUUGGGCUAUGGUAAAAGGCUUAGAGGACCGUAAUGCAGCCGUUCGGACAACUUACGCCCAGACAUUAGGACACUUGCUGCACAUCUCUGAGCAAGGCAUAGCUCAAAAAGUCCUUGCCAAGUUGCAGAAAUUGUACUUUGACAAACAAGACGAAGCAACUAGCGGUGCUAUUGCCCUUGUACUGCUAACUUUGGGCCAAAACUACUCUGAUGCCCUGAAGGAUCACAUCCGCAGUCAAAUUAUUCCACUAGCUUUCCUAGGAAUGCACACUGCCUCUAGUCCUGAUAAUAAUCUUCGAGAAGUGUGGACCGAGGUUUGGACAGAGUCGGUCACCUGGACUGAAGCAGGCCUCAAGGCCCAUUUGCCUGCCGUCACUCUGAUGCUGAAAGAGGCCAUUGAAUCACGCAGCUGGGGUUUAAAAGCACAAGCUGCCGAAGCAAUAUGUUUGGUAGCGGCCAAAUUAAAAGACGAUUUGCCGGCUGCCACUAGAAGGGAGCUAGGUGACAUGCUACUUACAGCCCUAUCAGGAAGAACUUUUGCAGGCAAAGAAGCUAUUCUAACUGCCACUGCUAGUUUUACAAAGAGUUGCAGCACUGCUUUGAAAGAAGAGUUGAGUCAAGGCGCAGCAGACAAUCAAGGCGGCGUAAUUCUAAAGGCUAUGUGCAGGGAGGCGCAUAAAGAGGCUCCCCAGUAUAGAUGCCAUGCACUAGUAGCUCUAGGUGAUACUUUGCAGGCCUUGGAAGUGGAUUACUUUGAAGAAGUGUACACAAUGGUCACUCCAAUCUUAAAAAAGGGACUGACUGAGAAAGACAGCUCCGAGAGUGAAGAAGAGGAGCCAGGUAACAAGAGUGGAGAACUACGUAUCCGUUUAAAAGAGUCCUGCUAUGAAUGUCUCGGAAAGGCUUGGCCCCCAACACUUGAAACACAAGCAAAGUACCGCUUGCAGGUUUUGCAAGAAUGUGUGGAGCAACUUCCGCCAAGCCCUCGGUCACUGCAAGUUUCUAUCAUCGCAGCGCUGAAGCAGUAUGUCGAACGUUUACAUUUGCCGCCCGUGCCAAUGGACGAGGAAGUGCCUGACGAAUUGGAGACUAUUUUAGGACAGCUGACUAAAGCUCUAUCUUGCGCCUUAAGUGUUUCAAAACAUCCGAAAUUGAGAAAAGAAGCUCUAGGAGUUUUGUUCCUUUUGGCAAAGAGACUUAAAGAUGAUGAUCGGAAAGACCAGAUUUACAACCUGGAAAGGAACUUAAAGAAGAAUUUGGACGAGGCCAGUCGAGACAGCCAACCUGAGAUUAAGUCACGGGUAGCAGAUAUAAGAGAGCUCUUCAAAGGGUUGUAAAUGUGAUUCACUUUUCUCUUUCUCAUUUCAAUAGUUAAUCCAUUAUUAAGAUUAUAUUUUCCUCAAAAGUACUCAUUUGCAAGUAUUAAUUUUAUUGGCCUUGCUUCGAAUUUUAGUUCUGCAGUUUUAAAUAUAUUUAAUUGAUUAGCACUUUGAUAACAAUAAAGCCCCCAAUGAAAAAUACGGAAA